UCAUGUAUGUGUUAAAAAUCAAGAAUAACACGUGGGCACCAAAAAGGCACGACAAAAUCAGACAAAACACAGCAACUUGUCUGAUUUGAGCUGGUAAUCUAACCUAACUUGAAUCAGAUGAGCAUGGAGAUUGAGACAAGUUUUACAUCAAAAACAUAUGAAAACAAUUUUUAUAAUAAUAAUAAUAAUAAUAAUAAUGGCUGUGAAAAUAAAGAAGCUGUAAAUGAUGUUGAAGUUGAGAAUGUUGAAGAAGAAAGUAUGAUUGAUGAUGAUGAUGACGACAUCGACGAUGAUGAUGAAGAUGAUGAUGAUGAUGAUGAUGCUUGGAUGAUUGAGGAUGAUACAACAUGGUUUGAAGAUGAUCCUAAGCCACAGCCAUCUGAGCAAGAAAAAGUUGAACAAUUUGUUGAAUUAAUGGUUAAAGAAGAUUGUAAUCUUAUGCCAAAUAUUUUAAAAAUAACAUGUGCUAUUUGUCUUGAUGAUUGUGAACAAGCUGAUGGUGUUAUUCUUCGUAAUUGUCGUCAUACAUUUUGCAGAGUUUGUUUAGAAGGAACAAUACGUCAUUGUGAAGAACCACUUGUUAAGUGUCCAAAUGCUGAUGGAUGUGAUUUAUUUCUUCAAGAACGUGAAAUUAAAGCUUUGGUUGAUCCAGAAGUUUAUGAACAAUAUCUUGCAAAAUCAAUAAUACAAGCUGAAAAUGAAGCUGGUGAUGAAGCAUUUCAUUGUCGAACACAAGAUUGUCCAGGUUGGGCUUUUAUUGAAGCUGGUGCAUUAAUAUAUUUGUGUCAAGUUUGUUUUUCUGUAAAUUGCUUGAUAUGUCAAGCUAUUCAUCAAGGAAAAACUUGUGCUGAGUAUCAAGAAGAUCAACGAUUAAAUAAAACAGCAUAUGAACAGGCAAGAUUAACUGAAAAUCAACUUGAAGAAAUGUUGGCAAGAGGUGAAGUAAUGCGUUGUCCAAAAUGUGGUGUUAUUAUUACCAAAACAAUUGGAUGUGAUGGUAUGACAUGCAAAAUGUGCAAGACUGCGUUGUGCUGGGCAACAAAAGGUGCUCGAUGGGGACCUCGUGGAUAUGGUGAUACAUCAGGUGGAUGUCGUUGUCGAGUCAAUGGACAAUUGUGUCAUCCUAACUGUGGCAAUUGUCAUUAG